UCAUGCUGCUGCCAGGUCCAGAGUCUCUCAUGGGUCCCUGUACGGCCUCCCAUUGCUGCUGUCUCCAUCGCCACACUCUGCCAUGUGCCACUUUCAGGUCUCCUCACACUGCUGGUGUGUUCCAUUUUUUGUCAUAGGGUGCUGGCAGAUUACGGGCCUCCCAUAGCUGCUGCCAGGCCCCUAAUCUGCCAUGGGCCCCUAUACCGCCUCCUCAUGCUGCUGCCAAGUCCAGAGUCUGUCAUGGGUCCCUGUACGGCCUCCCAUUGCUGCUGUCUCCAUCGCCACACUCUGCCAUGUGCCACUUUCAGGUCUCCUCACACUGCUGGUGUGUUUCAAUUUUUUGAC